CUCUAUCAAUGUGCUACAGCACAAGCGACAGCCAGCAGAAGGUCUCUUCUGACAGAGGUGAUUGCUGCGUAUCAGAGGUUCUGUUCUCGCCCUCCCAAAGGAUUUGAAAAAUAUUUUCCUAAUGGAAAAAACGGGAAAAAAGCUAGUGAACCUAAAGAAGUUACAGGAGAAAAAAAAGAACCCAAACCAGUGACUGCCCCGCGCUCUUCCCGGGAAGCAGGUGGCAGUGGAGGAAAACGCCGGGGCAAGAAGGACGAUUCCCACUGGUGGUCCAGGUUCCAGAAGGGUGACUUUCCGUGGGAUGACAAGGACUUCAGGUUGUACUUUCUCUGGACCGCUGUGUUUUGGGGUGGAGUCAUGCUUUACAUCCUGUUCAAGCGCUCCGGGAGAGAAAUCACUUGGAAGGACUUUGUCAAUAGCUAUCUCUCCAAAGGCAUAGUAGACAGACUGGAAGUUGUCAACAAGCGUUUUGUUCGAGUGACUUUCAUACCAGGAAAGACUCCAGUUGAUGGGCAAUAUGUCUGGUUUAAUAUUGGCAGUGUAGACGCCUUUGAGCGGAAUCUGGAAACUUUACAGCAGGAGCUGGGCAUCGAAGGGGAAGACCGGGUGCCUGUUGUCUACGUUACUGAAAGUGACGGCUCGUUUCUGCUGAGCAUGCUGCCCACGGUCCUCAUCGUCGCUUUUCUGCUCUACACCAUACGGCGAGGCCCUGCCGGCAUCGGCCGGGGCGGCCGGGGCGUGGGUGGGCUCUUCAGCGUCGGGGAGACCACAGCCAAGGUCCUAAAGGAUGAGAUAGACAUCAAGUUCAAGGAUGUGGCUGGCUGUGAGGAGGCCAAGCUGGAGAUCAUGGAAUUUGUGAACUUCUUGAAAAACCCAAAGCAGUAUCAAGACCUAGGAGCCAAAAUUCCAAAGGGUGCCAUUCUCACGGGUCCCCCCGGCACUGGGAAGACUCUGCUGGCCAAGGCCACGGCUGGAGAAGCCAACGUCCCCUUCAUCACUGUCAGCGGGUCUGAGUUUCUCGAGAUGUUUGUUGGCGUGGGCCCAGCUCGGGUCCGAGACCUGUUUGCGCUUGCCCGGAAGAACGCCCCUUGCAUCCUCUUCAUUGACGAGAUCGAUGCAGUGGGAAGGAAGAGGGGCCGUGGCAACUUUGGGGGGCAGAGCGAGCAGGAGAACACGCUCAACCAGCUGCUUGUGGAGAUGGAUGGUUUUAACACAACAACAAAUGUGGUCAUCUUGGCGGGCACCAACCGGCCGGACAUCCUGGACCCGGCGCUGCUGCGGCCUGGCCGCUUUGACCGGCAGAUCUUCAUUGGACCCCCAGACAUAAAAGGAAGGGCGUCUAUUUUCAAAGUCCAUCUCCGGCCCCUGAAGCUGGACGCUGCACUGGAGAAGGAGAAGCUGGCCCGGAAGCUGGCAUCCCUAACCCCGGGGUUUUCAGGAGCCGACGUGGCCAACGUGUGCAACGAGGCUGCCUUGAUUGCAGCGCGGCAUCUCUCAGACUCCAUCAACGAGAAGCACUUCGAGCAAGCCAUCGAGCGUGUGAUUGGAGGCUUGGAGAAAAAGACCCAGGUCCUGCAGCCUGAGGAGAAGAAGACGGUGGCGUACCAUGAAGCAGGCCACGCGGUUGCCGGCUGGUACCUGGAGCACGCAGACCCUCUCUUGAAGGUGUCCAUCAUCCCCCGUGGUAAAGGCCUAGGCUACGCCCAGUACCUGCCCAAGGAGCAGUACCUGUACACCCAGGAGCAGCUCCUGGACCGGAUGUGCAUGACCCUGGGCGGCCGAGUCGCCGAGGAGCUCUUCUUUGGGAGGAUCACCACUGGUGCCCAGGACGAUCUGCGGAAGGUCACGCAGAGUGCCUACUCCCAGAUUGUGCAGUUCGGCAUGAACGAGAAGGUCGGGCAGAUCUCCUUCGACCUCCCGCGCCAGGGCGACAUGGUGCUGGAAAAGCCGUACAGCGAGGCCACCGCCAGGCUCAUCGACGACGAGGUGCGGAUCCUGAUCAGCGAAGCCUACAAGCGAACGGUGGCUCUCCUCAGGGAGAAGAAGGCUGACGUGGAGAAGGUUGCGCUUCUGUUGUUAGAGAAAGAAGUUUUAGAUAAGAACGACAUGAUUGCUCUCCUGGGCCCCAGACCAUUUGCGGAAAAGUCCACGUAUGAAGAGUUCGUGGAGGGCACGGGCAGCUUGGACGAGGACACCUCGCUGCCAGAGGGCCUGAAGGGCUGGAACAAAGAGCGGGAGAAGGAGGAGGAGCAGCCCUCGGACCAGAAGGGCGCCAGCCAGACGCACACAGGUCCCAGGCAGCCACUGUAGUCGCCGCAGCACCUGUGUGACGCUGCUCCAGCUCAGGCUGGCGAGAGGGCAGUGGGCCCUGCUGAGCCUCUGUCUCAAAGUCACGUCUAGGGGACAGGCAACUUCCGGGAGGCCGGCGGAGCCUGGCGACCCCGCGUGGAGCAGCGGGCCGGGCAGGGCGGCCUGUGGAGCCUGCGUGUGGAGGGGCGGGCUUCUCUCCGCCUCCGUGCUGCAUUCCUCUUUUCUUGGUUUCUCUCUGCAGACGGCCGUGGAAUUCAAUUGGAGUCCUGAUGGGAAUAUUGUGAUUUAACUUAAUGUUUUACUGCUUCGAUGAAUGGUUUUCUGUAGAGAGCUGUAACAUACUUAAAAAUGUGAAUGUAUUGUGUACAUAUGGCUUCUUUACAUCAGAAAUAAAUGUGAACACUGUAUUUUUUUCCUGAG